UAUUGUUUGUGUGUUUUCUUUUCCUAUUUCCAGAUCCAGAAUGAGAUGGCAUCAACACUAGAAAAAGUUACUCAAGAAAGAAAUGACAAGAACAGUUCUCAACGAAGAAGCAAUAAGGCGUCAUAUCUGAAGAGUGAUGCUGAACUUAAAAAGAUAUGUGGUAUCACUAAAGAUUUGAGAGUGUGCCUUACUCGGAUUCCUCAGCAGUUGGGCUCUGGAGAAGGUUUUGAUUCCUUUAGCCCUUUGGUGAAGAAUGAAACUUACAAAGAGGCAGAGUUUAUAGUGAAGGAGGAAGGGAGAAAACAGCAGGGUAUUGAUAAGAAAAGAAAAGCAAAAACCACUAAGAAGAUGGAUCGUCCAAAGAAGAGAAGAACCAAUAGUGUUAAUAACACAACUAUAAAUGGAGGAGCUAAUGUCACCAGUUCCCAGCUCAUUAACAGUAUUUUACCAACUUCAGAUGUGUCAAACCAUAACAUCCUCACAAGCUGCAACAAAAGCAGAGAAGAAAAGAGAACUGAGGUAGAGCAUUGUACUCACGGAAACCAAGAAAAAGGCACAUUGAGCUCAAGUACAGCUUUUGAGCAAAGCCAUUCCUUUAAUAAAAAUUAUACUGAAGAUAUUUUCCUGAUGACACCACCAGAGUUAGAAGAAACCAUUAGAGAUGAAAAGAUAAGAAGACUUAAGCAAGUGCUGAGAGAGAAAGAAGCAGCUCUUGAAGAAAUGCGUAAGAAGAUGCAUCAAAAAUAGUAAAAUGGCUGUUCUUAAAGGCAUCAAUGAAAUAGCUGUGUUUUUUCAUAUACUUUUGCAUUAAGUUAGUUAUAGGUGCAUUCUGAAAGUGUUUUUGAAUGUGAAAAUUGUCUUUUCAUCAGCUGAUUAUAAAAUUUUAUGUAAGAAAUACAGAAAACGUUAACUCACAUUUGACUUUUAUGAAUAACUCAUGGGAUAUCUGAAUCCUUGUCUAUAGAUACCUUUUUUUGGAAGGAAAAAUUUUCUAUUUUUCUAUUACUUCAACUAGAAUUCCCGAAGUUUGAAUAUUUAUUAUUGUUUGUAUGUUUAGCUAAAUUGCUCAGAUGUUAUUCCAGCAAUAGUUGAUUAUUGUGUACUUUUAAAAUUAUAUAAUCCAAGAUAGGAAAUCAGCUCAAAGCUUAACUUUACCAAUGAGCUUGUAUCUUUAUAUGUCUCUUUACCCGUAAAAUGACAAUACCUUCUACUCACCAUUGUUGUAAGUUUUUCUUAAAUUUUAUGAAAGAAAAUGUAUUAUAGCAGCAUUAUUAAAAAAUUCAAACAUUUCUCAAGAAUGAGGGAUGUUUGUUUUGUAACUUUUACAAAGUAGUUUCUUAUGAUACAAAAUGGGUUUUAGAAUUCAGGCUGUAUAAUGUAUUGUUUGCUUAAAGUGUAUGUUAUCUCUAGGCAAAUGCUUCCCUUUUUUGAAAUAUGUAAAUAUAUGACUAAGACUGUAGGAAAAGUAAAUCUGAACAUGGCCACAUUUAAUACUUUUUAAAAUUGUAAAGUGUAGCUUUUCUUAAUAGAGCCAGACAUUUUUAUCUCUGGUUAUCUUUGAUUUGGAGAGUUGGAGAGUGGUGUAGAGAUAGGGAUUAAGGGGAAGGAGGAAAAGGUUAUUUUUAAGAAAUGAUAAAUUCCUGGAAGUAAGGUCGAAUAAAACCUGGACAUUGGCAACAAAAUAGAAAAUAGAAAGUCAGAAAAGACUGAGAGGGAAUAAAACAAAUGCAAACUGAGUAUCAACUAGAUUCUCCUGCCCUCCCCCCCCACUUUUUUUGGUAACAGCUUUAUUAAGGUAAUUUGCAUAUUGUAAGUUUCACCCUUUUGAAGUGUACAGUUGUUAUUCACAGAGUUGUGUGACCAACAUGACCUAAUUUUAGAUAAUUUUCAUUAUCACCUAGAAAACUUCAUACUCAUUAGCAGUCACUCCCUAGACCCUUCUUUCCCCAUCCCUUGGCAACCCACCAGUACACUUUCUGUCUCUCUAAAUUUGUGUAGUUUAGGCAGUCAUAUGCAUGGAAUGAACCAUUCAGUAUAUUUUCCUUUGUGACUGAUUUCUUUGAGUUAGUUUAAUGUUUUCAAGGUUCGUCUGUGCUGUCAUAUGUAUUCAUACUUAAUUUUUUAAAUUGCUAAUAUUCCAUUGUAUGAAUAUACCAUACUUUGUUUAUCCAUUCAUUUAUGGACAUUUGGGUUGUGUAUACUUUGGCUACUAGGAUGUUAUAUUGUUGUGUUUUUCUGAAUGUUUGGGUAUAUGUUUUUGUGUGGACAUAAUGUUUUCAUGUCUCUUGGGUAUAUACCUAGGAGUGUAUACUGGACCAUACCCUAACUUUGAGGAGCUGCCAGAUUAUUCCCGGCAGAUUUUUCUCCCCCUUCAUCCUAUUUUGUUAAGGAUGCCAGUGACUACCAUGUUGCUAGAUCCAGUGGUUAGUUCUCAGUCUUCUUAAUUUAUCUAUCUGUGGGGAGAUUAGUUCAUGAAUUAAUUACCUCCUUUGAAAAAAAAAUUAAGCUUUAAAAAAAGAAGCAGUACAUGUCCAUUGUGGGAAAAUUGCAAAUACAACAAUCUAAAAUAUUAAAAAUUCACUUUCCUAUCAAGCUAAAAUAUUAAAUAUUGGAGCUUGGGGAUACAUAGUUAAAGGCUAUCAGUAAAUAAAUACCAUUUGAAGCCAUAUGUCUGAAUAACUUCACUUAGGGAAACAGUAUAAACAGAGAAGAAGGUGAAAUUGUGGGCUCAUGUCUUAGUACAAUUAAAGAUUGGGAAAAGGGCAGUCUCAAAUGAAUUUUGAGAAUCAAAAGCUUCUUGAAUGAAUUGUAUUUAUAAAUCCUUGGAUAGUGCCUGACAGCGAUGUAUCAGUAUUUGUUAAAUAAAAUCAUCUAAAAUCAUCCUAAAAAA